CCCUUUCCUUUCCUUAUUCAUUCAUUUCUUCUGCUGCAUGCCAUCAUUCUUCCCUAGUCGUUUAGAACUACACACUUUUCUCAUUUCAUUUCUCUCUUUCCAUCGCACAAAUCACAUUCCUUCUCAUUUUCGAACUACCACUGCCACUUUCUGCAACCGUUAUGGAACCGCGACCCGAACAUCGAAUCGGGUCGGGUGAAUGGAGACAUCGGAGCGAGUUGCUCAACACGAGCAUCUCCGAACUUAUUUCCGAGUUGAGAGAUACGUUCCUAAGGAGCGAUUUCGACCGAGUCGAAGAAACCCUUGUUGCUAGAGAAACAAUGUUGAAAGCAGAGAUUGAAGAGAAGAAAAGUGAAAUUAGGUUGUUGACAGAGAAGGUUCAGUUAGAGAGGUUGGAAAAGAUUAGCGUUGAGUUAGAGUUGAAGAGGUUCAAGGAAGGUGGAAAUGUUGGGGUUUUGGUGGUUGAUGAACCAUGCAAGAAAGAUGGUCUAGAGGUUUCAGAUCUCUUGUUGAUGGUCACUUAAGUUUCAGUACAAGUUUGUUAGUAGUUCAUCCUUCUAUAGCUACAUUCAAAUGAAGUGGGGGAACAAAUAAUAUUUAUGUAAAACAGGUUGAUCGAGUUCCUGCCUAAAAUUAAGAGGGGGUAGUGUUCACGAGUGUAAACAAACAUCUUGGUCACCUUCUUCAUUCAAGCCAAGCGGUGGCGGUAUUUCAACAAUCCACCAUGGCCAUUUUACAUGUGAUGGCAGCUAUGGCGGUUUAUAUGGUGGCCAUGACUGCCCAAAGUAGUGGAUUUUGGCCUCUCUGCCACUGACAGUAGUGCUCAUAACAACCAAAACAAUGUUUUAAAAAUUGGACAGGGGAACGAACCGAUAUUGAACACCAAAGUUCAUCAGUAGUCGUCAAGAAAAACCAUGCAGCUAGACCAACUAAACCCAUUGACCGAGUAGAAGAAGAGGCCUUGGUGGUCAGGGAAGCGAUGCUGAAGGCAGUAAUUGAAGAGAAGGUGAGGGAAAUUGGGUUACCACAAGAGAAGAGUCAAUUCAAGAACUGGGGAAGACUCAAUUUUGAGAUUGAGGUGAAGAUGGUUAGGGGAGAAAGGCAGGGAAAUGAGUUUGUGAAGGUUGUGGGAAAUGGUAAUAGGUUUGGUUUAGAUGAUGGUAAGAUUGUGAAAGCUGGAGUGGGACAUGAAAAGUGCAAAUUUGAGAUAUUGAAGAAUAGAGGGGUUGGUGAUGUGGAGGAUUGUGUUGUUGCUGAACUGGAAGGUGAAAAGGUGGAGGUUUUGGCCGAAAAAAAAAGAUUAGUUGGUGAACCAAACAAGGAAGAUGGUCUAGGUGGUUUUGCAGGACGAAGUGCAUUAGGAGCAGUCCAGAAAAACCAUGGAACUAGGCUGGCUAAACACAUUGAAAUAAGGCCAGGUAAUGAUUUAGAUUGUGAAGAAGAGACCCUGGUGGUCAGGCAAGCAAUGCUGAAGGCAGCGAUUGAAGAGAAAAUGAGGGAAAUUAGGUUAAUGCAAGAGAAGAAUGAAUUUAAGAGCUGGGGAAGACUCAAUUUUGAGGUUGAUGUGAAGAUGGUCGAGGGAGAACGGUGCGGUGAAGAGUUGGUGAAGGUUGGGGAGAAUGGUAAUGGAUUUGGUUUAGAUGAUGGUAAGGUUGUGAAAGCGGAAUUGGGGCAUGAAAGAUGCAAGCUUGAUGGGUUGAAGAGUAGUGGGGUUGGCAAUGGGGAGGCGCAUGUUGUUGCUGAACUCGAAGGUGAAAGAGUCAAUGUUUUUGCCGAAAAGAAAAGGUUGGCUGGUGAACCAAGCAAGAAAGAUGGUCUAGGGGCUUCAGAUAAUGAGUGGAAAAUUUCAUCAGCAACAUUUCAGAAAAACCUUGCAACAAAACUGGUUGAACCCAUUGGAAAUCUCAAAAGAGAUUUUGCUGGUUCUCGUGAAUAUGUUACAAAAAUGAAUAUCUUGGAUGGCUUAGAUAGUGAUAGUUCCUCUUCAAGUUCCAGUUCCUCUUCUGACGAUUUUGAUAUGGACAUUCCACCUUUGACAUCCUUUAAAAGCAAUAAGAAGAUGAGAACCAAUGCUGGCCAAUCUUGGAAUGAACUCUUAACUAAGUUGAAACAAGGUACUGCUAAUCAUGAGGGUCGUUGUGUUAGACCAACCGCUUCUGCACAGGCUCAACGUCUUGAGGAGCCGCAUGAAGUGCAACUGGAGAGGCGGGAGUGGCGAGCUCAACAGGAACAACGACGAUUACAACAACAACAAGCACAACAAGAGGCCCAACAAAAAGAGGAUAUCCAACAGGUAGAGCAAACACAACAUCACGCCCAACCAGAUCACAUAGAUGAACCUCCACAGGUUGAUGGAUAUCCUGGUGGUCCGAUUGACAAGUCUGUUCUUAGGACAUUUGGUGAUCAUGUGGCUACUCGACUUUGGGAUGGAGUGGAUCGUGGAGAGCUAAGGGUAUUUAGCAAUGGAAAAAAAUUGAAAGAAGUUGUAAUUGAACAUGAAGAAGUGGAACAACUGGUUAAGAGUUCAGGAUUAUAUUCAUUACUAAAAUGCAGUUACGAAAUGAUCGACAAAGGGAUCAUAUCUGCUUUUGUAGAGAGGUGGCAUCGAGACACCAACAGCUUCCAUCUUCCAAUUGGGGAGAUGACGAUUACUCUGGAUGAUGUCUCAUCUCUUCUGCAUAUACCUAUCACCGGUGCAUUCUUUAGUGUGAAUGUACUUAACAAAGAUGACAGUGCAAAUUUAUUAACUGAACUUCUUGGAGUUACUAAAGCUUAUGCUUAUGCUGAGUUUAAUGUCACACGAACAACCACAGUUCGAUAUAGUUGGCUACUUGAAUUAUACCAUCAGCGCUGUCGUGACCAGCACUGGGAGAUGGCUGCGAGGGCAUUUCUACUAUUUUUGGUUGGUUGCACGCUUUUUAGCGACAAGAGUGCCUUCGCAGUUAGUGUUGCCUACUUAGAGUGCUUCCGAGAUCUUAACUCAUGUGGGGGAUAUGCAUGGGGUGCUGCUGCUCUUGCUUACUUAUAUGACAAUCUCCGCGAAGCUAGUAUGCAUCAAACCAGAACGAUUUCUGGGUAUUUGACACUCUUACAGGCUUGGGUUUAUGAGCAUUUCCCGACUUUAUGUGUAGAUUGUUGUAGACCUUUACCUAGAUAUGUUGAGGCCAACCCUAGAGCACUUCGAUGGAAGCCGAAGAGAGAUAAGGGUUUGGUUCUUCCAUUUAGGAAAGUCCUUGAUGAGAUUCAUGUUGAUCAGAUAUGUUGGACGCCGUACAAAGAGCAUCGACUUAGGCGACCGUUUGAGGAUGUUUGUUUAUUUAGAGGAUGGAUACGGUGGGGUCCGAAGAUGUAUGCACAUCUACCUGACAGGGUAUUGCGUCAAUAUGGUCAUGUCCAAACGAUUCCUCGUUCACCGUUAGAAAUAAUAGGUCAGACGACCACACUAGAAGAAAUAGACAUAAUUUUUACGCAAUACGCUCUACAUGUAGUUGAUGCUGGCGCAGUUGUACAGGGACCUGCAGACUGCACAAACGAUUACAUGGAGUGGUUUAACAGAAUUUCUCAUCCAUACAUCAUUCGGAGAGAACCAAUUCAUGUUGGUCUUUCGGUUGCAAAAUCUACUCACGAUGUUCCAUCUACUGCUAAUAUAACGAAAAGCUUCUUGGUCGUUAAUUGGUAUUACCUGAUGACAUUGAACUCGUCAAUGAGUUAAUUGUGAUGUUGAUGACUAAGAGAGGUGGUGGUAGAGAUUGGAUAAAUGUAGUACUAUAACAUUAUUUUGCUAAUAUUUUGGAUAUGUAAACAAUAUUUGGAUAAUAGGAAUUUUGGAUGUUUAUAAUA